GUGCAGCAGGAUGGGAACCAGCAGCUCUAAAUUGAAACGCAUCCCAAACGCUCAGGAGCUCAUAGAGGAAACCGGCUUCUCUGUCGCUCACAUCCUCCGUCUGCACGAGAGGUUCGAGUCCCUGGACAAAAACGAGACGGGAGAGCUCAGGCCUGAAGAUCUGGAGACGGUGCGUGAGUUGGACAUGAACCCGAUCGGAGACAGAAUCGUCAACGCUUUCUUCCCUCCUGGACGGGACACUUUGGACUUCCCCUCCUUCGUCCGAAUUCUCGCUCAUUUCCGUCCGUCCGACACAAACCGACCUAAAGACGCGACGCAGGAGCCGGCCAACAGCAGGACCGGGAAGCUCCGAUUUGUCUUCCAGCUGUACGAUCUGGACAAAGAUGGAAAGAUCUCCAGAUUUGAGCUUCUUCAGGUGCUGCGGGCGAUGCUGGGGCUGCAGGUGACGGAGGAGCAGCUGCAGAGCAUCGCUGAGCGAGCCAUACAGGAAGCAGACAUGGACAGCGACGACGCCAUCUCCUUCGACGAGUUCAAAAAGUCUCUGGAGAAAGUGGACAUCGAGCACAAGAUGAGUAUCCGUCGCUUCCUGAAAUAAAGACGCUUCCUACUCGGAUCCUUC